UCUCUUUAUUCUCUCCUCCCCUGGGGUAACAUCUCUCUAUAUCCGCUGUGUGUUUCCUCAUGUAGAAAUCCGCCGACCCCUUUCCUGGGACAUUUCCUCUCCUGCGCUGCCAAAAUGCAGCUCCCCAGCGGUCUCUGUGUUCUCUGCAGACUCCGCAGGUCGGAGGGGAGGCGAAGCAGCUGGGAUAACUGAGAGGGUGCUAUGGUGGGACCUCCUGGAAAGCAGAAAGUUCCACACUUCCGAGAUAUCAACACUUUCCACUGAGCCAUGGACCUGACCAGGACUUCAGUCAUCUGAACACAGCGAGGUGAGCUUGGUGGGCUUGGGCAACCUUCCACUGGCUAACGAGCACCAUCCUCUCAUUGAGCCUGAAAAGCUGCAGACAUUCACAGACACCACACUGACCUCUGUUAGAUGUGACCCACACCCAUUAUAAGUCAGCAGUGUAAGCAGAGCAAACAUGACAGACAGAGUUAGCUACAGCACACCCAAAGCAAACCCCCGGCCUGCCGCACCUCCUGUUCUGCCCCCUGAGCCGAUCGACAUCAUCCGCAUUAAGGCGCGCUCUCGGAGGGUCAGGCUUAAUGUUGGAGGUCUCACACAUGAAGUCCUGUGGAGAACGCUUGACCGGCUGCCCCGAACCCGUCUGGGACGGCUAAGAGACUGCAACACCCAUGAAUCACUGCUGGAGAUCUGCGAUGACUACAGCCUAACUGAGAACGAGUACUUCUUUGACAGGCAUCCGGUAGCCUUCUCCUCCAUCCUCAACUUCUACAGAACAGGAAAGCUGCACAUGAUGGAGGAGAUGUGUGCAUUGUCCUUUGGCCAGGAGCUGGACUACUGGGGCAUUGAUGAAAUCUACCUGGAGUCCUGCUGCCAGGCACGGUACCACCAGAAGAAGGAGCAGAUGAAUGAGGAGCUGAGAAGGGAGGCUGAGACACUGAGAGAGAAGGAGGGAGAGGAGGAGGACCAGGGCUGCUGUCCCGACAAGAGGCAGAAACUUUGGGAUCUUCUGGAGAAACCCAGCUCCUCUGUAGCUGCAAAGAUCCUGGCCAUGAUCUCCAUAAUCUUCAUCAUCAUUUCCACUAUUUCAUUGUCUCUCAACACCUUACCAGAGCUGCAGGUUGUAGAUGAAUUUGGCCAGUUCAAUGACAAUCCCAAUCUAGCCCAUGUGGAAGCUGUCUGUAUUGCCUGGUUCACCAUGGAGUACAUGCUGCGCCUACUUUCAGCACCCAACAAAUGGAAUUUCAUCAAAGCACCUCUGAAUAUCAUUGAUUUGCUGGCUAUACUGCCUUAUUAUGUGACACUCUGCCUCACAGAAUCUAACAAAAAUGUGAUGCAGUUCCAGAACGUACGCCGUGUGGUCCAGAUUUUCCGUAUUAUGAGGAUCCUAAGGAUCCUCAAACUGGCCAGGCACUCGACAGGACUCCAAUCUUUGGGCUUCACUUUGCGAAGGAGCUAUAAUGAGUUAGGUCUGCUCAUCCUCUUCUUAGCCAUGGGUAUUAUGAUCUUCUCUAGUUUGGUGUUCUUUGCUGAAAAGGACGAAGAUGCAACCAAAUUCACCAGUAUCCCUGCUUCCUUCUGGUGGGCUACUAUUACUAUGACAACUGUUGGUUAUGGAGACAUUUACCCACAAACCUUGCUGGGCAAGAUUGUAGGAGGACUCUGCUGCAUAGCAGGUGUGUUGGUCAUUGCCCUUCCUAUCCCAAUCAUUGUCAAUAAUUUCUCAGAGUUCUACCGAGAGCAGAAGCGGCAAGAGAAGGCAAUCAAGAGGAGGGAAGCUCUUGAAAGAGCCAAACGGAGUGGAAGUAUUAUUUCUAUUAACCUAAAGGAUGCUUUUGCCCGUAGUAUGGAACUCACAGAUGUGUUGGUGGACAAAAGAGAGGACAGUAAAUGUCCUGUGGACAAUCACCUAUCACCUAGUCGCUGGAGCUAUCACAAGCGCUACUCUAAUAUAGAGCUGGACAGCCCAGAGAGGUCCCAAAAUUAUCAAGGAGGUGCUCAUCUGGGCUCCCCUGAACAAGUCAAACCCUCAUCUAACAAAACCACUCCUCAACACCUCAGUGCAAAGCGACUAGAAGAUGUUUACAACAAGACAGCAGCUAUCCAUGAGCAGCAAGAAAAAAAUGUACAGGAACAGACAGAGAUGAAUGCCAUUGCAUCCACCCAAGCCCAGCAAACUUCACCUCAAGUCAGCAUGGCUACGAAAUUCUCCAAUGUGGGUGAUGAUUUUUUAAGGGAAAGAGGAGAAAGAAGCUCCCUGCUCCCCAAUGUUGAAAUAGGCCAAACUGGAGCUAGACAGCAGCGUAUUCCCCCUCCCUUGGAUCUAAGUCAGAUCAGUACCUUGGAGUUCAAAAAGGGCCCUGACAGCAUCCAGCCAAUGACCAUCAUCAAAGAGGGUCUGUAUGAGUUCAUGUCUAGUCCCAGAGAAAGCACGACUGGAGAUACUGAGUUGGUACCAGAAAAUGUGGAAAGUUUUGGGAUGAUCUGUGACAGCAUCUGUGGCUCCUUGCGAGACAAUAGCAGUCCACAAAAGACGAGAGCCCUGAAGGUUGACUUCAUUGGAUCCCAGGAUGACAUUCUUAUGGCAGUGAUGACACCUGUAGCAAGACCAGCCUCUAUUGGCUCAACCAAGUUUGCUCAGCUACUUUCUGAUGACAUGGUCUCCAGGUUUUCUCCUCCUAGUCCUGCAAUACAGGAAGCUAAGUCUCCGCUGGCAAUCCUACAAUCUCCGUCCCUGGCCCAGCAAUCUGUCAGUCCUAGCAACUCCCAGGGGGGAGGUGAGGGCUCAACAGCCAAGAGCUUAGAAGGUGAAGGGCAGCUCACAAGCUUAAGCCACCAGGGGAGGAAUCACAUGGAGAAGUCUGCUGUCAGCUCAGGCAGUGAUGCUAGCCCACUGUCAUCUAAAGGUAGCCAGCUCAACUGCACUCAGGAGCUAGUAACUAUGGAAGGAGUUGAUGACAGAGGAGGAGGGGAGGGGCCAGAACAAAGUGGAGAAAAGCGAGAAAAUCACAUUGUUCUGGAUGGAAGCCUGACACCGCCCUGUGAAACAAGUAUGUAAGCUGAAAGGAAAGACAGAUUCACAGACAGGAACAAAAAAAAGGCAGAGUUGAGGAAAAGACUGAUGGGAUGGAUGUCAGGAAGAAUCCGAAAAAACAUAGCAACAAAUACCUGGUUUGGGCUUUGCACCUAGAUGGUAGCAUGUUUCAUAUACCACAAGACUUUUGGACUCUCUUCUUUUUUUGACAAGUGCUACUGUCCAGAGAUAGACUUUGCUCUGGUAUUGUCACAUAACUUUAUUACUGGAGGAAAUUCAAAAGCACAUGCCCACUUGUCUAGGUACAAUGUGAAUUUGAAUUGACAGUGUCUCGUGUUGGUGUUAUUUACUUAUUCUUUGAAGGUCAAACUGAUAUGCUGCAAAACUGUGACAACUGACUCAUCUUGUAGGACUCGGAUGUGAGCAAAAACAAAGCCUUGUCUGAAUGAUAUAUUUAUGACCAUCCUCAAGUUUUUGUGUACAUCUCAGCAGGAGUAAUUUACAGUUUCCGAUUGCUUGCUGUAUAGAUCUGUUUAUUCUAAUGGACUAUUUACACCAAGCAAAAACAGGUGGAAGCAAAUUAUAUUUUUAUAUUUGUCUGAAAUUCUUUGAAUUUGAAAAUUAAUCUUUUACAAGACGUGAAAAAACAAUGAUCAGUCAUUACAUUGUAUUAUGGAUCUUACGUACACAUCAUUUUAUAAGUCCAGGUAUUACAUUCUUGUAAUGUAACAAACACAAGCACAGGAUACAGGACAAGAGGUUCCACUAUUGACACUUAAGAAGUGAUGCUGUGAAAUCCAAAAGGAUCUAUGCAACUGCUUAGUCCAGAACAAUGAUAUUUGUCACAGUGCUUCAACAACAUAUGUUCUUACUUAUGUAUGUUUCUGUUUUUUGAUUGUUUGCUUUUUGUUUUGUUUUAAUGUCUGUCCCUCAUUUUUCUAUAAUACCUGAGAUGGAAGCAGCAUCUUGAAUGUGAAAAGGGAAACGAACAGAGAUGUAAUCGCUAUAGUAUUCAUUACCAUAGCUCUUUUCACACACAUUUCUAGAAGAAAAUGUUCUUUAAAAAAACAACAAAACAAAACCAUUUAGGAAACAACACUUUAUACCUAUAAUGAGACAGGAGAAUUGAGUGUAUAUGAAAACAUAAAGACAGAAAGGAAAGUGCACAAGGACUAUGAACAAGUUCUGAGAUCAUUCACUGUGGGUCACAGAGUCUGCCUAUGACCAAGCUCAAUGGCUUCUCCGGCAGUGUUAUGCAUUGCCAUGCUAAAUGUGUUACAGUAGACCAAUAGAGCUUCCAGUAUGACAGAGUUCGGACUUUCUUUUCCGAUCCAUCAAGAAAAUGGCUGGCCACAUGUUUAAUACUACGUUCAAGCAGCCCUCCUAAAUUCAUGAACUUCAAGUGUGAAUGUAGUACUAGAGAUGGCAAAGAGCACCCAUCCACACCAUGUGUUUUGGUCUCUAUGAGACUUGUGAUUUUUUGAAGGAUCGUUCCAGUUUGCUGUAACUUCAGUCUUAUUUUGUAGUUCGGACAAUUUUUAUCAGUAAUAAUAUCACUGUACUCAUUAAAUUAAUACCUAAGAUCUCAAAACAUGGUGACUCUAAUAAAAAAGACCAGCAUAUCAAACAUUAGUACUCAGACAACCAAACAGUUCAAAGCAAAACAACAAAUUAAUUAAACCUAUCUGGAAGAGAAAAUGAAACAAAUUUGUAAUACCAUCAUCCAUCAGUUUAUACACCUAACUAUACAAUAUAGGGGCUUGGUGUACUUCAAACAAUUUACCUGUCUGAUUUAAAGGGGGGAGGGACAUCAUCAAAUAGAUUCCACUAGAUUUCCAACUCACAACCUCACAACGACAGUGACUGGCUAGUUGUAUGGAAGUGUGAGAGCAGAGAAGGUUUAAACUUUUCAUUCUUUCCUAUUUUGAAUGUCCCUCACCUUUCACGUGAAUAACUGCAUGCAGUACAGUGAAUGCUUUUGAAGUGUACAUCAUUAUUCCAAAUUGUAUAAUUUAUUGCAUGGAGACUACUAACAUGCACAGCACUGUGAUGCGGUGGUUAGCACUGUCGCCUUACAGCUAGAAAGUCCUUGCUUUGAAUCCCGGCCUGAGGUUGUUCUGUGUGGAGUUUGCAUGUUCUCCCUGUGCCUGAGUGGGUUGUCAUUGGGUUCUCCGGCUUCCUCCCACAGUCCAAAGACAUGCUGAGGUUAAUAGGUGAUUCUAAAUUGUCCAUAGGUCUGAAUGUGAGUCUGCUUGUUUGGCUAUGUGUAGCCCUGUGAUAGACUGGCGACCUGUCCAGGGUGAACGUUGUCUUCACCCUAAGUUGGCUGGGAUAGACUGCAGCCCUCUCUGCUAACUCUAGGGAGGAUUAAGCGGUGUAUAGAUAAUGGAUGGAUGUAUGAACUACACCCUAAAAACAAAACUAUUUGAGAGAGACAAGGUGUACAAAAUUCCUUGAGUGUGAACAUUCAGAACAGGAAAAGGCAUUUUUGUUGUACACACUAUUUUUUAAUGCAUACAGCACUCUUCACUGCAGUUGUGUGAGCACAGUUUUCCUAUGAAAACAUUUUUUUGUUCAGCUCUUUCUUAUUUGGUGUUAUUGUCAUUCAGUGUGAUUUAGAUAAUCUGGAUAAGCUGCUGACUUGUUCCCAAUUAUCUGAUCACCUGACUGGUUGUGUUUAACUCACUGGCCUUUGUUGUACUACCAACUACCAAAAUAUGGCAGAGUGGUUUUAAACUAAUAAAUUAUCCUCUGAGGGAGGAGGUGCAGGUUCAUCCUUCUGGCCUUCCGUUAUGCAAGCAAACUAUACGAAGUUAUCCCUGAAUUUCUGUGACUCCAUACACUGUUCGUACUGUUCAAACCUGAGAGUAUUGAUAAGUAAUGACUGGAAAGAGAUCAAGAGACAAACGGAUUCUGUGUAUUGUAAAGGUAGAAAAGAGUGGGCUGCACAGUGGCCCUAUCGCCUUGCAGCUAGAAGAUCCCUGGUUCGCGUCCUGGCCUGGGCCUGGGACCAUGCAUGGAAUCUGCAUGUUCUCCCUGUGCCUACGUGGGUUUUCUCUGGGUACUCCAGCUUCCUCCCACAGUCCAAAAACAUGCAGAGACAAAUCUAAAUUGUCCAUGGGUGUGAAUGUGAGUCUGCUUGUUUGUCUAUAUGUAGCCCUGUGAUAGACUGAUGACCUGUCCAGGGUGUCCUCUGCCUUCACCGUAAGUCAGCUGGGAUAGGCUCCAGACCCUCCACCAUCCUAAUAAGGAUUAAGCAGUGUAUAGAUAAUGGAUGUAUGGAAUAAGAGUGCCCUCUACAGGCAUUCUCAUAGUACCUGAAAAGGCCUGAUGCCUCUUUAGCACUCUAUGUCAUCUUAUUGAAUGGUUAUCUUUUUAUUAGACCAGCUGUGCAUUCAUUUCAAUGCAUGCUGACACAUUCAAGUGCAAAUUUAAUUUUGUGCUAAGUAGAUGAUUCAUACAGACUGCAGAGUGAGUGUGCACUCAUGGGAGUGAAGACAUGGUGAAAUGUGAAUUAUAGCUGCGUCCCCAAAUAUAUUUGCUCACUCUUUCUAGGUCAAGAUGUCAUAUCUUUUGUUGUCAGUUAAAACUUAUUUAUUCGAAUUUUUAAAGAGGACCUUGAAGCUAUGUAUUGUUCUUAACAUCCCAGUAUAUGUUUUUUAAAAAAUGGUACCUUUUCAUAAAUAGACAAUUUAUGAGAAGGUUAAAAAAAAAUUAAAUAUUGCCAUUUUUUCCUCUUUUUUUCUUCUUAUUUCCUUUCUUGUUCUUGUGUAGUGGAUAACUAUAUUCAUACAGCAUCCUCACCUUUUCAGGUUUUGCUUUGAUUCCUGGCUUCGUGUAAAAUUAUCCACUUCAGUGUCAAUCAUCCAGUUUUUAUGCAUCAUAGUUCACAGUUUGACCUGACUGUGCCACACUUUCAUUUUAUUUUUACCAAUUGAAAAUUUUGUAGAAAGCAGUGGCUUCUGUAAAGUUCAGAAGUGAGUUCAGCUCAGAUCACACUGGUGCUGCAGCAGUUUACCUGUAUAACUGAACCAAAGAACUCCACUCAGUGAACAGCAAAGUUACCACAGCUGGUAAAAUUAUCACAGCUGGGACAUGUGUCAGUCAACACAAACUUCACUACAGCAGUUUUGAACAUUAUCUUACUGUAUUUACCUUAUGUAUAGGGGCCAGUACUCCAAGCUGGCCGCUCAAGCAGAACGGGUUUUUUUUUAUAAUUAGGUAGGCAACACAAUGACCAGAAUUGUAUCUUAACAAAUUCAUCUCACAAAUAAGAAAGCCAUCCUAAUAAGGUCAUUGUAACAUGAAACAUAAUAACAAAAGCUUAAAAUACAAAAUUACCUAGAUUGGAAUAACUAGCUUCGUUUUAUUUGUUAUUGUACUUUUUGUUCAUCUGAGAGAUUAGCCAAAAAAUGAAAAAGUUGCACUACAGUCAUGAAAACCGGGGCUGUCACUUUAACUGUGAUACAAAAUAAACAAAAACCUUAAAAUGCAAAAGGUAUUUUUUUUUAAAACGCAUUGCUAACAUAAAACCAUUAUCAUAUGCAACACCAACAAUGUGCCUGCAUACCAAUUGGUUGACUGAAGAAGUUUAAAAAUAAUCUUAAACAGUGGCUGAUGCACACUGCAUGCGCAAUACAACUAAAGCAAAGAGAAAUAUUUAGGUACUUAACAUUCCCUUGUCUACAUUCACAGAUUCAUUUAAAAUAACCAGGGGAAAACCUUCCAAUAUAUUGGCCAUGGCAUACCUUUAACAACUGGCAGUAAUAUAUAUGCAAAAGAAAUCUACAAACUGCAGCUUGGAAAAGAGUUAGGUUAGCAUGCUCUAUAUCGGAGAGAAUGACUCAAUGGGGGAAAUAAAUACUGUAAAUCCUUGCUUCACCUCUGUCUAUCUGUGGAAGAAAUUGCUUCACUACAGAACCUUACAGCUCUGCCUGGAUUAUUUGAUCAGAUGAGGCUCUGUGGUAAGGAAAAUGUUAGUUUAUUACUUCUGCUGAUCAGAAACCAUAGGAACAGUGUUAUGGCUCCAAUACUCAAUCUAAUUUCCACACUUUGUUUGAAAAAUAUCAAACCAUCAUUUCUACUUGUGUUGUAAACUUUUAGGUUUUGUACAGUGAGGCAAACAUUUCAUAAGACGCAAACCAGACACUAAAGCUUGCUUUUCCAUUGUCCUGCCUGCUCAACAUCUUUAAUUGUUUAAUGUCCUUCUUCAUCAUCUACUUUGUUUAACAGUAGCCUGUGUGAUGAUUAGCAAGACUCAUCAUAUGUAAGUCAACAUAAUGAUAGUGAAUGAUAAGUACUUUUGACUGUCAUCAAAAUGCAAGACAAAUAAAUGUGUUCAUGUGA